CUGAUUCCUCUGAAUCUCUCUCUCUCUAACCCCUUCGCUUUCUCUCUCCUGUCUUUCUCUCUCUUCCUCCCUCCCCAUCUCUAUCUAGCUUUGGGGUAGCAACGGCUUCCGACCUCCCGACAUUGGCGAUGCGGUGAUCUCCGCCCCCGUCCAACCAUGUGACCAUGUCGAAGAAGGUUCGGGUUCCCUCCGCGCGUGCAUGCUUUUGUCGAUCCCCUUUCUCGUUUGCGUUUUCAGGGCAUCUUGAUUGAUUCCUCUGCUGCGUUUUUCGCCCGCAUUGCUGCGGAAGAGGAUUCGUCUUCCCCCAUCUGCUUUAGCCAUAUCAUCGAACACAGCGAAGGAGGAAGAGAGAGAGAGAGGAAUUAGGGUUUUCUUCGGAGGAGCGGCAAGCGAAGAUGAUAGAGGUGGUGCUGAACGACCGGCUGGGGAAGAAGGUGAGGGUGAAGUGCAACGAGGACGAUACCAUCGGCGACCUCAAGAAGCUGGUGGCCGCCCAGACCGGCACCCGCGCCGACAAGAUCCGAAUCCAGAAGUGGUACAACAUCUACAAGGACCACAUCACCCUCAAGGACUACGAGGUCCACGACGGCAUGGGCCUCGAGCUCUACUACAACUGAUUUCCCUUCCCCUAUCAUCAUCCUCCCCGUGUCCCUCUCUACUACGGUCAAUAAAUCACAUGGAAAUCCUUGGAACUGGGGGACUGGGGAUGCCUAAAAGCUGUAGUCUGGUUCCGUAUACUACAUUUGCAUGGACAGUGCACCUCUACUGCCAUUGACUUUUCAACUUCUGUGACUGUGAAUGUGUGAACUGGGGAGCAAACUCCUGUAAUUGGAAAACUAAGAACCUAAUGAUGCUGCAUUGCAUAUAAAAAAAUUGUUCAAUUACUACAUUCUGAGGUA